UCGCAGAGGGCUGACUUUUGAAUGCCCUCAGUUCUGUAGGACAUCAACUCCUCGCCUCCAUUAUCGUCCAUUGUAGCUCACAAUGAAUCAACUGGAGAUAGUCAUCCUGAAGGACUUGGAACAGUGUAUCAAAGAGGGGCUUCCAUCUCAGCUCUACGACACCCUCUUUUUUGAAGUGCUUCUCACGUAUUCGGAAGAGAUUAGACCACACCUGGUCUCCAGAGAAUUUAUACUUAGUAUAUUCGGAAAAAUUCAGACAAUACUCCUGUGUUUUCUCACGGAGAGGUAAUGCUGAGAUGGCUUUCCACGUCCGUCUACUCAUUGAAAUGCUGACCGUGUGAUGCUCAUCCCAGGAAGCUUAAAAAACGAAAGUCGGUCCCAAAAUGGAACGUCAAGGAUAUAAUGAACUGUCUGACGCUUCUUCGGACGGCAAGGUGAGGCCAGUUUCGCCACAAUGUACGUAUGGCUAAAGCCCUUAUUGAUCAGUCCCCAUCCAUGAUUAUCAAAUCUUUCAGGUGGGACCUUCCGUUCCCAUCGAUGUUUCAGUGCCUGAUUAAUGGGCUUGUUCAAUUGGGCGAGAACUUUGAACAGCAAGCAUUGCGGUUGAUGAGAGUGCAAGACCUACUUUUUGAACUGUACAAGUUUGCUGAAAAGUCGGAGAUUCCUGUUAUCAAGGAGUGCAAUGACAAGGUUUUAGAAUUAGCUGUGCUUCAACGGGCACUGUUUGGUGAACAUGCGGGGCAUCACUUAUUUGACUGCGUGUGGGCGGCUCACGAACCGUCAGAGAUUGUGUUUUGCUGCUUUCAAGUGACUUUGAAGCUGGUGCAAGCGAGUCUGUUUGACAUUUCUGUGCACCCCUGCCAACGGUUUCCUUCACUCUGGAAGCUUUUGGAAGAGGCCUACAAUCUGGACGCAGCUACUCACACGCCCUAGCGCUCUUUCAGAAGAUUUUUGAAGCACAGCCACACGUUAUUUUCACAUCUUGUGCGGCAGUGUUAGCCAGCGAACAACUUGAAACGAUUCAGCUACGGCUGGAGUGCUUGUCAUGUGAGAGCUUUCUGAAUUUGGCCUGAUUGUGCAUUGCACUGCUCCAUGACCUACGAUUCUGCCUCUUUUCUGAGUUACAGGCUUGGAGAGGCUAGGGCAUCAAGAUGAAGCUGCAAACAAUUUGAUGUGGACAGCAGAGGCACGUGCUCACCUGACGCAUGCGAUGCUAUUUGAUCCUAGCACAAGGGUUCGUCGCGCGGCUGUUCAGAUCCUGGCAGCGUCGCCAAACGUCGAUCAAGAAUUGCUCACAUCAAUCGCCAUCAAGACAAGAGAUGUUGACAAGAAGGUCAGGCUUGCCGCGUUUAGCAGCUUGCGUGAUGCUCCAAUGGAGCUGCUUAUUGCCAGCAUCACUCCAAAAGAAUGGGAGACAGUGCUUCGCUGUGGCUUGUGCGACAACGAGCCCUCCUCGGAACUGAGUGUGGCAGCCAAGGAGCUCCUGUUCAAGUACUUGACCUGUGAUGACAUUUCCGGGUUGCCGUCGGCUCGCCUCAACAUGCUUCAGGGCUUUAUGGAAAACUUCGAUGAAAUUAGAGAUGCGCUUGAGGACCACAUUGAAGAUAUAUUCGAGAAGGAGGUGGCCCAGCAAGAAUUGGCAUGGGCAACAGAUGACAUGGAACCUGAAGAGAGCACUGAUCUCUGAACAUGGCCAAGAUUUGGCAUGUGCUUGGUAAACCAAGAACGAGAUGUUCCCUAUGGUUU